UUCUAACCGCCAAAAAGGUGGGAGGGGCCGGAGUGAAAGUUGCCGGAACUGGCUGCGGAGGCGAUGGAGUUCAGUCCGGUGCCGUUGUCUGGGCCUGCUGGCUCCUUCAAGGAGGAGCUCCUCUGCGCCGUCUGCUUCGAUCCCUUCCGUGACGCGGUGACGCUGCAGUGUGGCCACAACUUCUGCCGCGGGUGCGUGAGCCGCUGCUGGGAGGUGCAGACGACGCCCACCUGUCCGGUGUGCAAGGCCCACGCGUCGCCCGCGGACCUGCGCACCAACCACACCCUCAACAACCUGGUGGAAAAGCUGCUGCGCGAGGAGGCUGAGGGCGCGCGCCGCGGCGCCGGCCACCGCACCUCGCGCGUCUGCCGCCCGCACCGCGGCCAGCUCGGCUUCUUCUGCCUGGAGGACAAGGAGCUGCUGUGCUGCCUGUGUCAGGCCGACCCCCGGCACCAGGGCCACCGCGUACAGCCGGUGAAGGACACGGCCCACGAUUUUCGGGCCAAGUGUAAGAACCUGGAGCACAUGCUGCGGGAGAAAGCCAAGGCCUUCUGGGCCAUGCGACGUUCCUAUGAGAACAUCGCCAAGCACAACCAGGUAGAGGGUGCCUGGCUGCAGAGCCGUAUCCGGGAAGAGUUUGAAAAGCUCCGAGAGUUCCUGCAGAAGGAGGAGCAGGCUACACUGGAUGCCAUGACUAAUGAGGCCAGACAGAAGCAGCUCUUGGCUGACCAGAAGAUGAAGCGGCUUGAGGAAGAGACUGAGAUGCUGGCCCAUGAGAUCGAGCGGCUGCAGGCGGAAAUGAAGGAGGACGACAUCUCUUUUCUCAUGGCAGCAGACAUCUCUGGGAAAGGGGAGUCUGUCCAGCAGAGCGAGGAGGGUCAGAGCCAUCAAGCGGGAAAGUCCCAUGUGAACUACGACCUUUGCAGAUCCUACAAAGCCUGGAGCCACUGGUCCCGGUCCCCACAUUGCCUGAUUACAGAGAAACACAAGAGCCGAAAACGCCGGCUUUUCUGCACCAUGGAGCCAGAGCCUGUCCAGCCAGACAUGCUUGUUGAUAUCUGCAAGUACCUCGACUCCCUCCGGUACCGUGUCUGGAAGAAGAUGAUCACGUGUGUAGAAGCCGUGCCCUUCAGCCUGGACCCUAACACGGCGGCCGGCUGGCUCUCCGUGGCCGAUGACCUCACCAGUGUCACCAACCACGGCUACCACGUGCAGGUGGAGAACCCGGAGCGCUUCUCCUCGGCACCCUGCCUGCUGGGCUCCCGCAGCUUCUCCAAGGGCUCCCACACUUGGGAGGUGGCCCUGGGUGGGCUGCAGAGCUGGCGGGUGGGUGUGGUACGGGUACAGUCGGAGGAGGGCACAGAGGGCCACUCGCCGAGCAACUAUCACGACAUGCGCUCCGGCUUCUGGUAUCUGUGCCGCACACAGGGCGUGGAGGGGGACCACUGUGUGGCCUCGGACCCAGCCACGUCACCCCUGGUCCUGGCCAUCCCACGCCGCCUGCGUGUGCAGCUGGAGUGUGAGGAGGGUGAGCUGUCCUUCUACGACGCCGAGCGGCACUGCCACCUGUACACCUUCCACGCCCGCUUCGGGGAGGUGCGGCCCUACUUCUACGUGGGCAGUGCGCGGGACGACAGACCCCCUGAGCCUUUGCGCAUCUGCCCACUGCGCAUCAGCGUUAAGCAGGAGCCUGACAGCUGAGCGGCCCGAGCACCAUCCGGUGUCUGCCCCGGCCUUCGUGCAGCAUUCCCCGCAGUUCCCUUCUCCCUGGGACUCCCAGCCCUGUACCUGUCUGGUGUUUGCCUCUUCUCUCCCCAUACUUAAAAGCCCCCUAAGAGGCCUCUUGCCGUGCCCAGGCUCCCAAGAGUCAGGGCGCUUUCAGGGAUGGUGUAACCCUCAUUCCAGGACUUUGCUUCAGGAAUGGGCCUGUUCUACAGUGUAGGUUUCAUUGUCUCCCAGGUUUGGUGAGGCCAGUCAUCCAGGUGACUGCUGUUGGAGAGUUUAUCCCUCUGUUAGUGUGGCAGGCUAUGCCACAUGGGGCCACCCAGGGCCUGUUAGGAGGCAGGGGUGCAGGAGGAAGUACAGCCAGAGCCUUUGUCAUUUUCUGAGAAGGAAAGGCGGGGCACAGUGGCCAGGGUGCAGGGGUUUAGUGUGGGCUAGUCAGAGCAGUUGCCACUGCUCCAGGGUGUAGGGUGUAGAAGCUGCCCCUGAGGGACCGGCGCUGGCCCUGAGAGCCGUGUAAGACAGGUUCAGGAGGCCAUGGGGCCUGGCUCGGGGCUGGUGAGUGUCUCAGGAUUGGGUCGCUGGGAAGUCACCUGUCAAGUCCCCACCUCCAGAGCUUCAGGAAUACAGUAUGUACAAUACAGUUAAUGCAGGGCCAUGCCGUGGCUUUGGGACAUGACCCAGGGAUCAGUGCCACCUUCCGUUACUAUGAAACUGCUGCGCAGAUCUCACUGGGCAGACAGGCAGAGCUCACUGACCAUCGACCUGCCCGUUUUUCUGUUAGUAUUUGAAUAGGCCCUUUCCUCAGAACCACGAAUUCCAGAGCACUUUUGUUCCCACACUGGGUCUCAGUUUCCACCCCUAUGAGACGACAGGCCUGGCAGCCCUCCUGUAAUUUCGGGGGAGCAAGUUCCUCUGCUGAAUUAUUUCCCAGGCUGAGGAGGGAAGUUAGGAAGAAGCGAAGGGGUACAGUGUGGGGCCCCCAUGGCUGGGACCCGAGACCCAGCAGAGUUGGGUGGGGAGGCAUACACCCUCGUCUUCAAUGCCUUGUCCUGCUCUGCCCACCCUGCUUGCUAUUGCACUGCCACCUGUUGAGGCUCCGUGGGGUUCUCUCUGCAGUGUCCACCUUUUCUUUCUCAGGCCUGCAGGUGGUUUCUAGUUGUAGCCCAGGAAGCCAGACAGUAAAAACAAACAUUCUGCCUUGGGUACAGUGUUUCAGUGGGGCCACAUUCUUGAUCAAAGAUGUGGCAUCCUGCCUCCUGCCUGUACCCCCACUUCAUAAAAACAUGUUUUAAACAGA